AUUAUCGCUGAUGUUUAAUGGGUUUCUAAACAAAAAAAACUGAUUUAUUUAAAUCAAAACUAAUUAAAAACAAAGUUACCGAUCCUUAACUUGGGACUUUUGGGACCGAUUACUAAUAGGGUUUUUAUUCCACGUGUCAACUUUCGACUUCUUCUUCUUCUCAAUCUCCUCGUCUCGAUCGAUCAAACUCAGAGAUGGCAUCGACUGCGGCGGCGGUUCCGUUCUGGAGAGCGGUGGGGAUGACGUAUAUAACGUACUCAAACAUCUGCGCGAAUCGUGUAAGGAACUGCCUAAAAGAACCCUUCAAAGCUGAAUCCAUGAGCAGCGAGAAGGUUCACUUCUCCCUCUCCAGAUGGGCCGAUGGAAAGCCCCAUAAACCAGGCUCCUGGCAUGAAUUAUUCAUUACAGCUUUGGAGUUGUACUCUGGGAGCUUGCCACCGAGAAGAUCACAUGGGAAACUCUCAACGCUAUGCAGGUAUCAUUUCUUAUAGAUAGAAUCAUAGAAGGAUGAAAAGAAAGCGUCUCCAGUUGCCGACUGAUCCUAAAAAUCUCAAACUUGGGCAAAUUUUAUUUAUAAAGUACAUAAUAUGUUCUAUCAGCUGAACUCAAAAUUGGAUCAAACGUGUGUAUUUUCAAUGUGUAAAAUGUGUGUGUAUUUUAACAGAACAAUGUUUAAUUUUCCUUUUUAAGAACCUUUGUUUAAGAAUCUACCAAUGGAGCAUAGAAAGUAGGUGUUUCUUAACUAAAAUUUUUAACUUAACAUUUAUUAUUAAAAAGUCAUUAAGAAACCCAAAUGGG